AUGGAUUCUAACGUUGGAAAGAGUGCUGUGCCUCCGCCGCCUCCUAUGCCACCACCACCAGAYUUGUGCGAUCCUAGCGAGGUAAGGCCAUUCAUGGAUCCGUAUGGUCGAGCGAAAACAGUGCGCAUUGGUAAAUGGAGAUGGCCACCGCCAAGUGAUGGCACUAGCAAUGGUGUGCCUGGCGACAUGAACGGGUUUCCGUCACACCAAAGUUUUUUGCAGUUUAAAAUGUCCAAACAACAACAAAACCAAAGACACAAGCAAUCACAGGACUCGAGUCAAGACGGAGAACUGAACGGAGUCGAAUGGGAAGAGUACGAAAUACAACAGUCUGAAGUAAUGAAACAACCAACACCUAAAGAGCAAACAGAAGUCCACAAAUCGUCGUAUAAAUCAUUAGAAGUUGGCGCAUUAAGACCUAGUCCAGGCAGUGUAGGCAAAUUAAGAAUAAGCAACGAAAUGAAGCAUAAGCUGGAAAUGGUCACAGCCAAUCACAGUCUACGAUCGACAACUAGUAAGACCAGACCGCAAGCUAUGAACAAUAUGCCUACGCCAAUACCGACAGCCGGGAAACUAGACACUGAUAGGAGACUACUGUUGCAGCAACAACUAGCUGGGAGAUGGGGUAGCGUCGACAGUGUCGAUUCUCAAAGCGUGGUCAAAGAGGACGCUUCGGACGUGCAACCGAACAAUGUGAUACGCAAUCAAGUGGAACGAAUCGAGAGCUCUGGCUGGCGGUUGCCACCACCGCCAAUCACCCCGUCAAGAUCCAACAGCUUUUAUAAUCAAAACAUGAAAAAGAACAGCAUAAUCGGUCCUCCAGCUCCAAUACAACCCGUGACCCGCGAAUACGACCARAACAAUAUGUUCCGGAACGCGGUGCCAAACAAUUACACCACAGAACCACAGCACGAGGUCGAAAAAGGCCCCGAGUUCAACGGUCGUCUCGAAACCAGAAUACAGUCGCCGACGCAAAACGAAGACGGACAGUCCACGAAACUGCUGCAAACGCCGGCCAACUCCUAUUUCACUUAUAACCGCGUACCGUGGAAGUUAAAUAUUCGGAAGGAAGUUUUUACCCCCAAAGAAUCGAUGUCUAGUCCGUUGGUUUUGCAUUUAAUAUUUUGUCAAAUAGUCAGCGACAUGUUUAACAAAUUCCAUUCGGUACACGCCAGAAUAUCCGGUGACGAACGCGAAGAGAUGUUGGACUUAUUGGAUCGUUUUGGAGUGACAGCUAGCAACAUGCAAACAGGUCAUCACAAAGCCAGCACCAAACGCUCCAUCGUCGAGCUGGCUCGUCAGUGGCCAUUGUAUUUUUCACGCAUAUUUCCAGUCUCGUGUGGUUAUCAGCACAGAGAAGUUGAAUACUUAGCAAUCGCUCACGCSGGUCUUCAUUUACUCCGUAAAGAAGAAAACCAAUUUCAAAUYAUGCAAACGCUGACGUUUGAAGACAUUGCCGAUGUCUCUAUGGGUAAAGCUGGAGGCUCUGUACAGCUCACUUUAAUGUCGGGUGAAACAAUACCGUUCCAUUCUAAUAGAUCCAGGCAAAUACACUCGAUGAUAAGCUCAUUCUGGAAGGACGCUGCACCACUUGGUCGUCUUCCCCGYCAAGUGGAUGAAAAGAUCCGCGCUGCUGAACACAAAGGGUGGCAACAAACAAACACAACAAACACGAAGUAUUCCAAACCAACAUCACCGUAUAGACAACAUGAAUCGCCACCACCUAUCCACUUUACUGCUGAUGACGGUAAACAUUCGUUACUUCAAUUCGCCAUGUAUAAUUUCAGACACAGCUCGGAGAAGUUUGACAUGCUGAAAUCUGCGAAUGGCGAAAUCAACGGUUCGCUGAAAGUCAUACAAAACUCCAAGAAAAAGAGCGACGAUUGGACGUGGAAAGAACAAUUGGAAAUGGUAAAAUACACAAAUGUCCCGAUACCCGAGUCGCUCCUUAAAUUGGACCCGGAGUUAGACGCACUGGCCAUAGAAUGCUUCGAAUGCGUUAUGAGGUACAUGGGCGAUUUGCCUACAACGCCCGAGUUCACAGAAGUCAAAUGCGUUUACACCAUUCUCAUGGUAAUAUUUCGGACACCACGAACUGUAUAA